AUGGAUCUAGUUUUCAAAAAAAUAAAAACAUUACGUGGUACUUCAACUACAGUUAUAUCUGAAUUAUCAAAUGAUCAUGAUGAUAAUGAUUCUUUAUCUUUUUAUUUACUUCAUCCAUCUAUAAUGGAUUCUUCUUUACAUCCAUUUCUAGUUUUAUUACCAGGUAUUGACACAACAUUUCUUCCAGUACGUAUCCAAAAAUUUAUUUAUUCAAGUAAAAUUAAAACAAAAAUGAAUCAAUCAACAAAUGUCGAAGUACGUGUACUCUGUCAUGAUAAUAUAUGUGGUAUAGGUCAAGAAGAAAUAUAUAAUCUUGAUUUAUGGAUAUUUCCAAUGGGUAAUAAAAUAGAAGAACCAAUAUUUACAUUAGAAGGUGUUGAUAUUCAACAAAUUCAACGUAUACAAUCUGGUCGAUGGGUGAAUGGAAAAAACAAUUGA